AUGUCUCGAGACUAUAAUCCCGCAGACAUCGCUUCUAGAGGCACCACGGCUGAACUUCUACACGAGUCCGCACUUUGGUGGCGGGGCCCAAAUUGGCUCUCCAAGCCACAUGAAGCUUUGCCAGCCAAAAGAAAUGAGCACGCUGAAGAAUUCGAACAAGAAAUCCUCAAGACCACCAAGUGUCACUUUACGCUUGGAAUGUUCACCACCUUAGAGCAUGCCCAAGAAGCAUUCAGCUCAGUUGCUCACACAGAUGACAAGAACGACACAUUCCUCCGCAAAUUCUCUACCUACAACAAGCUGAUUAUAGUCAUCGCUCUGCUUCUCAGAUUCAUUACGAAUUCGAAGCUAAAAUCUGAAGACAAACAGUCGGAGCAUUUAACUACCGCAGAACGUCAAAAGGCAAAAAGACAGAUCUACCGACUAAUACAACAAAGACAUUUUCCUGAGGAGAUUAACGCCCUAAAAAGAAACUCUCCUCUACCUGCCAAAAGCAAGAUCAAAGACUUGUAUCCAUUCCUCGACGAUGACGGAGUUCUCAGACUAACGCUCAAUCAAUUGCGAACACAAUUCUGGGUGGUCAAAGGAGUGAACUAUGUCAAGACAGUAGUUCACAAAUGCGUGAGGUGUGCUCGAUGUGCACCAAAGUCGGCAAAUCAACUCAUGGGAGACCUUCCUGCUUCCAGAGUCACCUCGGCUCCACCUUUCGCAAGAUGUGGAGUAGAUUACGCCGGACCGAUAAUAACUCGUCGGAACAAAGGACGCGAGAACAUUAACGAAAAGUCCUAUAUUGCCAUCUUUGUAUGUCUUGUCACAAAGGCAAUGCACAUCGAAGCCGUAUCGGACCUGAGCACUGAAUCGUUUAUAGCCGCAUUACAAAGGUUUAUUGCCAGAAGUGGCAAACCCGCCAUAAUAAUGAGUGAUAAUGGCACAAACUUUGUAGGGGCAAAACGAACACUGGACAAGGAGGUAGCUCAAGCGGUAAAAAGAGCCUCUAAAAGUGUCGUUAACACACUGGCACAUGAGGGAAUUCAGUGGAAGUUCAUCCCUCCAGGCACACCACAUUUUGGAAGAUUGUGGGAGGCGGCCGUGAAAUCAGUCAAAUACCAUCUGAUAAGAGCCACUUGGAUUGGAAGAGAACUCACCGCCCCUCCAGAACGUGACGAGCUAGAAGCCACUCCAAUCAAUAGAUGGAGGCAGAUCACCAAGAUACAACAACAGCUCUGGAAACGCUGGUCCCAGGAAUACCUCACCACGCUACAGCAGAGGACAAAAUGGCGCGACCAGACCUCAAAUCCAGAGAUUGGUGACCUGGUCUUACUCCGAGAAGACAACAGCCCCCCUCUCAAGUAG